ACAAGGUGCACCUUUUUUGCAGGGUGUAUGUAAAUGAACACGCACCCGGCUCUUGUCGGAGCCCCUUCCCCGUUAUAUUUGAGACUCACGUCGGGAACAGGAAAGAAAGACCUAAAAUCCAUUCCCACCACAUUUUUUUGACAUUUUGAAUCAAUUGACAAGGUCGUUAAGAUUCUGCGUAGACGAUACAUAUACACACGGUAACACACAGAUGCAUUGAAAAGACAUUAUUUGUUUUCAUUUUGACUUUCUGCUUUGGCGUCGAUACAAAGAAAUUGACGAAAGAGAGAAGAUAUUACUCCUGUUCUGAUACUCGAUCUCUCCUGUUCAAUAAGAUGGGAGAUGAGAGUGAAACGUACACUGUGGAUGAGGCACUUGUCACCAUGGGUUUUGGAAAAUUCCAAAUUCUUGUGCUUGCUUAUGCUGGCAUGGGUUGGGUUUCAGAAGCUAUGGAAAUGAUGCUUCUCUCUUUUGUAGGACCAGCAGUUCAAUCAAACUGGGGUCUUUCUUCUCACGAAGAGAGCCUUAUAACCAGUGUGGUUUUUGCUGGCAUGUUGGUUGGAGCAUAUUCAUGGGGCGUUGUUUCUGACAACCACGGGAGGAGGAAAGGAUUCCUCAUUACAGCAAUAGUAACUUCUGGAGCUGGUUUUCUAAGUUCUUUUGCUCCAAAUUAUAUUUCACUGCUUAUUCUUCGUUGUUUGGUUGGUAUCGGUUUGGGAGGCGGGCCUGUUCUCUCAUCCUGGUUUUUAGAAUUCAUUCCUGCUCCAAAUAGAGGCACUUGGAUGGUUGUUUUUUCAGCUUUCUGGACUCUUGGAACAAUUCUUGAGGCAUCACUUGCAUGGUUUGUCAUGCCAACAUUGGGUUGGAGGUGGCUGCUUGCACUGUCUGCUUUUCCUUCAUCGCUGCUCCUACUGUUCUAUGGUUUGACACCUGAGUCACCAAGGUAUUUAUGCAUGAAAGGAAGAACAGAUGACGCACUUAAUGUUUUGGAGAAAGUGGCAAGGAUGAACCGAACCAAACUCCCUCCCGGCAUUCUUGUUUCUGAUCACCAAAUUGAGCUACAUGAAAAGUCUACUGAAUCAGAAGAUACACAUUUACUCCCACCCAGUAAUGAUGAAAAUACAACAACUGGAUCUAAGGAUUCAAAAAAGGGACGCACUUCAUCACUGUUUAUGCUUCUUUCACCAGAAUUAAUCAAGUCUACCUUGAUAUUAUGGGUGGUAUUCUUUGGGAACGCAUUCUCAUAUUAUGGCCUUGUUCUGCUGACAACAGAAUUGAACAGUGGACAUAAUAAGUGCACGCCAAAAGAGUUGCAAUCAGACAAACCACAGGAUAUUAGCUACGGCGAUGUUUUCAUCACUAGUUUUGCAGAGUUCCCUGGGCUCCUUAUAUCAGCUGCCACUGUCGAUAAACUUGGUCGUAAGUUCUCAAUGUCUGCAAUGUUCUUCCUGUGUUGCAUAUUCCUACUUCCGUUGGUAUUCCAUCAGCCUCAGGGUUUAACAACUGUUCUUCUGUUCGGAGCUCGCAUAUGCAUUACAGCAACCUUCACAGUAGUCUAUAUAUAUGCUCCAGAGAUAUACCCAACAUCAGUAAGAACAACUGGUGUCGGGGUUGCAAGCUCGGUGGGAAGAAUUGGUGGAAUGAUAUGUCCUCUCGUGGCAGUAGGUCUGGUUCAUGGUUGUCAUCAAGCUGCAGCCAUUGUUCUAUUUGAGAUUGUGGUAUUUGUUUCUGGAAUCUGUGUCCUGCUCUUCCCCUUAGAAACAAAGGGCCGUGACUUAACCGAUACCGUAUCUAGUAGUUCAAAAGAAGUUCAUACAUUUGUACCAGUUGAUCACUGAUUUUCCUUCUUUAAUCAAUAUACUCAUAUAUCUUUAGUCCAGAAACAACCCCAGGCCACUCAGCCAAUUCCAAAGGCAGUUUAUUCUCACAUUUAGUAUUUGUUGUUUGAUAUGAUACAUUUGCACCCUGCUUUCAGUGGUGAUUGAAGACAUCAAGCCCCUAAAGGUUUCUCUUCCGGAUUGCACCCUGUCAUGGGUUCCUCGAGUUUGCAUAGGCAUCGCUCAUGUUAUCAGUCGGUGGUGUCUUCGAUCAAAAGAAUCUGGCUUCUUGCAAGAAUUGAGAUGGAUCAGUCCUCUCUCAGUUUGAUUUCUGUUUCUGUUGCUCUUAACGUCCCUUUACUGUGUUAAUAUAUAUAUAUAUAUAUACACACACACAUUUGAAGGAUGUAUUAAACAUAACUCUGUGCACACCCAAUUCUCGCCCUCAGAACGACAUGAAUAUUGGUUAAGAAUUAACUCAUUUCUUCACUGUGGUUAGAUGGUA